AUGAGCUGGCAAUCCGGCAGCAUCCGAAGUGGAGGUGGGAGCAAGGGCUUCAGCACAGUGUCUGCUGUGGUUCCAAGUAGCCACAGAGCCAGCUUCAGUUCGUUCACCGUGUCAAGAGGCGGCAGAGGUUUCGGAAGGCUUGGCGGAGGAGGCAGUUUUGGCAGCAGGAGCCUCUAUAACCUAGGGGGCACUAAGACAAUUUCCAUCAGUGGUGGGAGCAACCUCCGGAGUGGAUUUGGGGGUGGAGCUGGUGGUGGCUUUGGUCUUGGCGGCGGAGGUCAUGGUGGAGGAUCUAGCUUUGGCGGGGGAGCUGGCGGUGGUGGGCUCAAUAUUGGUGGUGGAGCCCCUGGGAGUGGAUUUGGCUUCUGUGGCAAUGGGCUUGGUUUUGGUGGUGGGGGAGGCUUUGGUGGUGGUAGAGGUCCAGCAGGAUUUGGUGGUGGCAAUUCACCUGGCAUGGGUACCAUCCAAGAAGUGACCAUCAACCAAAGUCUUCUGGCGCCACUGAACCUGGAGAUUGACCCAAACAUCCAACAGGUGCGAAAAGAGGAGAAGGAGCAGAUUAAGAGUCUCAACAACAAAUUUGCUUCUUUCAUUGACAAGGUCCGCUUCCUGGAGCAGCAGAACAAGGUGCUUGAAACCAAGUGGACCCUGUUGCAGGAGCAGGGUCAAAAAUCCAAUUCCAACAAGUAUAACCUCGACCCCCUCUUUGAGUCUUAUAUCAACAACCUGAGGAAGCAGCUGAACAACCUAUUAAAUGAAAGAGGGAGGAUGGAGGGAGAACUGAAGAACACGCAGGACCUUGUAGAGGAUUUUAAGAACAAGUACGAAGAUGAAAUCAACAGGCGCACAGCUGCGGAGAAUGAGUUUGUGGUGCUCAAGAAGGACGUGGAUGCCGCCUAUAUGAACAAGAUAGACCUGGAGGCCAAGGUGGAUGCGUUGAUGGAUGAGAUCAACUUCCUCAGAACCCUCUAUGAAGCGGAACUGGCCCAGCUGAAUGCCCAUGUGGCCGACACCUCCGUCAUCCUGUCAAUGGACAACAACCGAGACCUGGACCUUAGCAGCAUCGUGAACGAAGUCAAAGCUCAGUACGAGGACAUUGCUAACAGGAGCCGAGCCGAGGCUGAGUCAUGGUAUCAGAACAAGUUUGAGGAGCUGCGAGCCACUGCUGGGAAACAUGGCGAUGACCUGCGGAACACAAAGGGAGAAAUCUCAGAGCUCAACCGGCUGAUCCAGAGGUUACGGGCCGAGAUUGAGAAUGCAAGGAACCAGUGCGCCAGUCUGCAGACAGCGAUCGCGGACUCCGAGGAGCGUGGCGAGCUGGCUCUCAAAGAUGCCAGGAUGAAGGUGGCUGAUCUGGAGGAUGCUCUCCAGAAGGCCAAGCAGGACAUGGCCCGCCAGCUGCGGGAGUACCAGGAGCUGAUGAACGUCAAGCUGGCGCUGGAUAUCGAGAUCGCCACCUACAGGAAGCUGCUGGAAGGAGAGGAGAGCAGGCUGUGCGGAGAGGGCGUCAUUCCCAUCAGCUACUCGGUGGUCAGCUCUAGCGCUGGAAUUGGUGGCGGAGCUGGUUUAGGAGGAGGAUUUGGCGGCUUUAACUCAGCAGGAAUCGGAGGAGGAUUCGGCGGAGGGUUCGGCUUUGGAAGCGGAGGCAGCUUCGGAGGGGGCAGUGGCUUUGGUUAUGGAGGUGGCAGCGGGCUGAGUGCCGGAGGAGGAAAUUUCAGCGCCGGAAGCGGGAAAGGCACUGGGGUGGGAACCAAUGCGGAUGUGAAAAUUGUCUCCAAAACCUCUUCCAGCAAAAAGACCAUUAAAAGUUAA